GUACAGAGGGAGAAAAGCUUCACAUUUUACCACAAACCUCACCCCUACACACACAAUACAGAAUAACUUUAUGAUAGUUGUAUUAUUUGCAUUCAAUUCAUGAUCAGAAGUUAUAGUAUUGUUUAAAAUUCAAGUUUUUAUCUUCCUUAUAUCGCUAUUGUAAUUUAUUAGCCAUUGGUGAAAAAAAAUAUCAUGGCAGAGAGUACACUUCAAGUUUGUCUUCCUUUCCCCGCCUCACGCGUUUCAUCCAUUAAUGCCUUUUCUCUUCAGGACCGGCUGCGAGAGCAUGCGGAGGCAUUUGAUGGACUGCUAUCCUUGAUUCCUGCGAAAUAUUACUACGGCGAAGACACGAGCGUAUGUAAAGAGUUCGGUUUGGAUUCCACUGCUAGGGCUACAAUGCUGAUUACCAUUUUCCUUCACAGGAUCAAUGGAAAAAGAAGAAGCAAACCAAGCAACAAGCCGCUGCGGCAAGGCGCGCAAAGCUUGAUCCAGAUUCUGCAAAGACGGCAAAGGAUGUCAUGGAUGAACGAGCGAAGAAGAGAAAAUUGGAAGAGUCUGAGGAUGUUGAGGAUGGAUCUGAGGUAGAGGGUAUCGAAAGAGAAUUGCCACAACAAGGAUUGAAAAAGGCAGUGGAGAAGCCAGCUAAGAAAUUAAAAACUGAAACCGAAUCCACAAAACAGAUGCCCAAAUCUUCGACACCAAAGGACUCAACAGCCAAAAAAGGUUUGACACCUGAAGAAGAAGCAGCAAGAUUGGAAAAGAGAAAUCAGAAAGAAGAACAGAAAAAGGCAAAGGCAGCUAAGAAGUCAGCCAAACAGAAGGCGAAGAGGGAGGAAGCUGCCAAACAAGUUGUCCAAUUACCAACGGAAGAUACUUCUGCUAGUGAGUCGACUACAAAGGAUAAUGUGGCCGAGGAAGCUACCAAGGAAGCUGCCACUAACGAAGUCCCUACCAAAAAGUCAAUCGAGCAUGAAAGUGCGGAAGAUGAAGAACCAGACCAUGAUGAUGAAAUUGAACAUUUUGAAGCCGAAGGUUUGGAGGAGCCCGAAUCUACAGAGUCAUCACCACCCUCAUCUACUUUCUCAACACCCAACGAAGAGACCACGAGCGGCGGUACAUCCAUAUCCUCCACCAUACCUCCUACCGCCCCUCCUAAACACAUAGUUCUCCCAGCCGACUCUGAAAUUCUCCGUUCUAGAUUAGCAGCACGUAUCGAAGCUCUACGAGCCGCACGUAAAGCAAGUAACUCUGAUGGUACCCCAGUGCGCAACCGUCAAGAACUCAUGGAACAACGUCGCAAAAAGGAAGAGCAACGGAAAGCCCACAAGAGAGAACUCCGACUUCAAGCCAAGAUUGAUGAAGAGGCUCGACGUGAAGCCGCAUUGGUAUCAGCAAGAAGUAGUCCAGCAGGAAGCUUGCUCAGCCCUCUAAUCCGAUCACCUGAAAACAAUUUUGCUUUUGGCAGAGUCGCAUUCGCUGAUGGACAAGGUCUCAACGAAGAUUUAACUGCACUGAAAUCGAUACCGAAGAAAAAGGGACCGCAGGAUGUUAAUAGUGCACUUGCCGCUGCGGCCAAGAAACAAUCUCGAUUAGAAAGCAUGGAUGCCGAUAAGCGCGCCGACAUUGAAGAGAAAGAACGUUGGUUAAUUGCGAAAAAGCGCGUGAAUGGCGAGAAAGUUCGAGAUGAUAGUUCAUUACUGAAGAAAACUCUCAAAAGAAAAGAAAAGCAAAAGAAGAAGAGUGAGAAGGAAUGGACAGAGAGAAUAGAUGGAGUCAAGAAAGCGGGAGCUAUGAAACAGAAGAAGAGAGAGGCGAAUCUACAGGCUAGGAGGGAUGGAAAGGGAGGAAAGGGAAAGAAGGGCGGAAAAGGUGGAAAACCAGCAGGUGGUGCUAAAAAGAAGAGUAGGCCAGGUUUUGAGGGUAGUUUUGGAGGUGGAGGAAAGAAAAAGUAAAGGGAGGAUGCGAUGUUGGGAAUCAGUUUAGGUGUUAAGGAGUGAGGAUGUGAAAAUAUAAUACGAAGACGGUGGUAGGAAAUGAGAAAUGGAAAGUGAUUAUGUUUAUGAAGUGGUCUCGAAGGAAAAAUCAUCCAGAUCCAGGCAAAUGCAUGGAAGCAAGAUGGGACUGCACAACUAGGCAUGUUUAUCAGAAAGACAACACUUUUACAAUACCACCUACAUCUACAAUUAGCAUUUUGUAGAAAUAACCAAGUUGCCUACAGUAAACAUAUAAAUGAUAUUAUAUUAUUAAUUCUA